CGCUCGACCACAAGCUCAAAUUUGACGAAGAAAAACGGUGAAAGAACGAAGGUCAGUGAGCGGAGAAAAUGGCGACCACUCAGCAUCCGAAAACCGAUACUUGGUACAUCGCUUUACUGGGUCUUAGUGAAACCUUUAGGACAGCUAGCCCACCUAAAAUCAAGCAUUGCAUUCACUGUUUACAGUCAAUAUUACAAUUUAAGCCACCGCCUCAUAUCGAAGCCAGGACGCAUCUACAGAUGGGCAGCUUAUUGUUCACGCAUACGAAGAAUAUGGAUUUAGCGCGGACUCAUUUGGAGAAGGCGUGGGCCAUGGCACAGAGUAUUCCAAACUUUGAUGAAGUUAAGUUUGAAGCAGCCAGUCUCCUUGCUAGUAUACAUGAACAACAGACACAGCUACAUCCAGCAAAGCAGAUCUUACGUAAAGCAAUCAGCAUCUCACAGCAAGCUGCAUUCUGGCGAUGUAGAUUACUCUUUCAAUUAGCACAAAUUCAUGCACAUGAGAAGGACUUUGUAUCAGCAUGUGAUUUGUUAAGAGUAGGAGCUGAUUAUGCGGUAGUUGUAGGUUCAGUCUAUACACAAGCUCUCUUUCUUCUUAGUCAAGGAGUGUUAUUAUUAGUAGACAAGAAGUAUGGUGAGGUAGAUCCAGUGUUGACAUCAUGUGGUACAGUGAUAGGAUCCUACCAGGGUACGCCUACCAAUAAGGAAUCUCUCAAGGUCUAUUUCUUGGUACUACAAGUCUGUCAUUACCUCAUGGCAGGACAAGUCAAAAGUGUGAAGCCAGCUCUCAAGCAACUACAACAAGCAAUACAAAGUAUCACUGUAUUACAUACGGAAGAAGAGGAAGCUAGUAAUCCAGCCGAUCAGUUUCACUGGUUACCAAAGGAACACAUGUGUAUAUUAGUCUAUCUGGUCACAGUAAUGCAUUCAAUGCAAGCAGGCUACAUGGAUAAGGCUCAGAAAUACACAGACAAGGCCCUCUUACAGAUCAGUAAACUCAAGAUCCUUGACUCCCAUCCGAUCCUAUCGUCUUUUCAACUCAUGCUGUUAGAACAUAUCAUCAUGUGUAGAUUAGUCAUGGGCCAGAAGUCACUUGCAGUACAAGAGAUUUCACAAGCAUGUCAAGUUUGUUCCCAAAACCCUAGAUUAUUCAACUUACAUAGAGCACAGCUGCAUACGUUAUUAGGUCUUUACUCAAUGUCAAUGAACUGUAUGGAAAGUGCAGAGGCGCAAUUCAAUACAGCAUUACGGCAAUUAACUUCGCAAACAGAACUGUGGCAGUUUAUCUCACUCAACCUGGCAAUUGUCUACCUCCGGUCUGGUAACAGGCAACAAGAGUUAUUAUCACUACUAGAGAGAGUGAAUCCUGAGACAACACACAUACAUGCACACAGUCUCAAAGCUGCUGGUUUCUAUGUCAAGGGUCUUCAAGCUUUCUUCCAAGCAAGAUAUAGUGAAGCAAAGAGAUACCUUAGAGAGACGCUGAAGAUGGCAAAUGAAGAAGAUCUGAACAGACUGACAGCAUGUUCCCUGGUACUCCUUGGCCACAUAUUCUUGUCAUUAGGAAACAAUAGGGAAAGUCAAAACAUGGUGUUGCCAGCGAUGCAGUUAGCAGGCAAGAUUCCAGACAUGCAUAUACAGCUCUGGGCAUCAGCAUUACUAAGAGAUCUGUACCACAUGUCAGGGGAUCCAGUUAGGCAGAGUGAAGGGUAUCAGAUGCAUAGUUCAUUUUCACAGCAACUCCUCUCAGAUCACUUCCAGUCCUCGCAACAACCUGAACACAAUCUCAUACAUUGGACAGAUGGCCCUAUUCCACCUCACCUCUUGCAGUCAGAAGGUGCAAGUACCAGUAUCUUGUAGCAUUCCAAACUCCAGAGGGCGGUCUUCAACCCCUAUCUAAUCUUUGAUCACCGGAAUCAUGUCUGUCUUUACCAUAGCAGAUAGUGGACUGUGUUAAUGAGACAAUAGACUCGUGGCAUAGCAGACUUGUUCUGGUUAGUUCAAGAUGUUGCCGUCUCUUGCUGAUGUGCGCCAUAGAUCGUAAGGUGAUUGUUGCUGAAGCCCUUUGAUUUCUGAUGGGGCAGUGGGUUACCCAGAGAAACCUGCAGUAGUGCAAAGAAGGUACUCAGGAAGUUAUCCCUUCUUCCACCUGUUGCUUGACCAACAUCACAAGCUCAUUCCAGUGUAUCAGGUGGAUAGAUGAACAAAGGUGACAGUUAUGAUGAAGACUAUUUGUUUUAAAAGGAGGAAAAAUGAUAACUCUGUGAUCUAUCGUAUGCAAAGAGCAAUAGAGAGAAGAUCUCUGGUUUAUCACUAUGUAUCGCAGUGUCUAUUGCUCUACUCGACAGAACAACUGCAUGUUGUAUUACCAAAUACUGGCCAAGAACUGGCACGGUGUUUGGAAUUUACUGGUAACUUGUAGUUGUUUGGCUAUGUGUCCUAUCUAUGAGGGAGGACCAAGAUCAGUAACUCUCCCAUAGAUGACAAGAGAGGGCAGCAAAGGAUUUUUGCUCAGAAUAUUGAUGCCAGGUAGAAGCUUUAUGUGAAUAAACUGUUAUGAUGGCACUCCAUGAAGUUCAACAAUUGCAGUUCAACAUUGCAUUGCAAUUUGCAAGGUUGCAUGCACUCACAUUUCCGAGGCUUGGUUUUUAUCUUGAUAUUGGUGUAAGUAACAAUAAGAAUUUUAUUUCAGGAAACUCAUUAAUUGAUUUUCUGCAAAUAUUUAGGAACCACUUCAUAGUAAACCCCAAAUUGUCCUUGCUUGCAGAAAACAUGCAUUUUUAACCACUGCAAUCUAUGCAACACACAUCUAGGAUUAAAAUGAUUUUGUAUCUUUCUUUGGUGAUAACACCAAUAUGUCUUGGAUAAUGGGUAUGGGAAAAACAUGUUAGGAUUGACUGGUGGCUAAAAUUUGAGUGCAAUCUAUGAAAAAAGGAUGAAGAAUAAAAUGAAUAUUCCAAAAUCCAUUGAUAAAUAUAAUUGAUUGGAAUAGCAUAUCAUGAACCAUUAAUAUUGAGAAAUCAUCUCACAAGGUUCCUCUCAAUGUUCAGAUGAAAAAUAAUUUAGAAUUUUUUUGAAGGUGUUCAAACAUAUUAAGCAUAGUGUAAUAAAGAAUAAAAUUAUGAAUUUCAAUAUGAUCAUUCAUUGUCAGGCAUAUAUGCAAAAUAUUCUUCUUAUUAUAAGAACAUCACAUUUGAAUCAAACAUGUUAUUAAAGAAAGAAACUGGGCCCUCCUAUACUUGAGCAUUAUGACAGCAAUGCCACUGGUUUAUGCAGCGUAAGGAGUAUUUAUCAGCACACCAGUUUCAUGUUGCAUAAAACAUGUUAUUGAUGAAAACUCUAGCCUAUCAGUAGUAUGUAUCAUGGGAACCUGGCUUAAUGGCCAGUUAGAAUCAAGUUUUCUAGUAUCUACAUGGUUUCUUAAAAGCAGAAAUACCAUGAGUUUAUGCAGCAAGGUUUUCAACAUUACAAGUAGCGGAUGACAUAACAUUUUGCAAAGUGUCUCUACAAUUCCCAGCUAUAAAAGCGUUUUUUGUACCUGAUUAUAGUAAUAGCUUUGUCUAUCUCAAUUCUUUUCUUUCAUUUUCUUAUGAGUCAUUGUCAAUAGCCAAGAGAUUGAUACAUCUAACAUAGCUCAUAUGUAUUUCUUCUUAUUGCUAUGCCAGUUGAAAUAGAGAAGGCAGCCAAGCCUUCACUUAUGUGUUUGUGAAGCUGAAGCAUGAAAUGUACAAAACAAAUAAUUAUUUUCUAAGCUUUUUAAUCAUUGAAAGAAAGCAUUGCUUUUGAAAUAUUUCAAAUUUUGUACCAUUUUUGUAUAUCACUGGGUAUGUUAAUACCUCCAGAAAUUAAAGAAAAAAAAUCAAAAAUUAAAAAUUGCCUCUUGGAAUGUGUAUGUUUGCAAUGACUCCAAGGUGGUUAUAGUAUUCUGUAUAUAUUGUGUAAAUACUUGUAUAUUAUGUAAAUAAUUAACAGAUCUGAAUCUUGUCUUUGCUUCUUUUUUAUAUUUAAACAGGAGCAAUUUUUUGGUCAUUGUUAAAUGUAGAGGAUUUAGAGAGAGAGAGCGAGAGAGAGAAAAAAUCAUUCCUUGUUGAUAAUUGGUUUAUAUGUUGUCUGUAAGUCUAUUCAUACUAUCAUUUUUGCAUUGUUUUUUUUUCUCCAGUUUGAGUGUCUUUACAAAUUAUUGGAUUAUGUUAAACAUGGAAUUUAAGUCUGUCAGAAGUUAUUAUAGUGCGUGUCAGUAUGUGUGUGCAUGUUUACUAUCAUGCAGAUAUAAUUUGUGCCAUCUAUUUUUGUUGUUGGGGAACAUUCUUUGAGGCUACAUACAUGUAUUGUUUACAAAAUUUGAACAAAUGGUCAGGUUUUGAAGACAAAAACUGAAAUUUAACAGUAAACUCAUGUCAUGAAAGAUAUAGUUGAUUUAUGAGUGACAAGAGUUUAUUUGAUUUGAGAUGUUUUGAAAUGGGUGCUGCAUAGAUACUAAAUAAAUUAGAAUAUGUAGUCUGUCAGUCACAAGAGUAAUUAUUGAAGAUAGUUGUUCACUUUGUGGAGGUUGGAUACAAUCUGAGUGUAAUAAUAUUGGUGUAUGUAGUAUGUUUUUGGAAGUGAAGCCCUGAUAUGGACCCUAUUGAUGAAUCAUGGCUGCAUUUGUUCAUACAACACCGAUACAUUUUCUUCUUUUGACUUGGGCAAUGUGAAUUUGUACCAGCAGGGGAUAUAGUGGAGCAUUUUAAGUACUACUCUUGGUCAGAAUGGAUUGAAACCUCCGCAUGAAUUGCAAAAAUCGUAAAAUAGCCUUAAAAACGUACAUACUGAAGCUUUUCGAAAUGCACUCACCGGAGUAAAGUUGCAUUAAUGGCUAGAAUGCUAGAGCAAAACAAUAUAUAAUAGAACCGAAAGAGACAAUGGACAAUGCAGAAAUAUACAAUCUUGUUCAUUUUAUUAUAAUUAAUAACAUCUUUGUGUAUCACAAACUUCCAAAAUCAGCAAGUUAUUUUAGAUCAAGCUUCUACAAAGUGAUUAAUUUCUUUUUUUAUAGUAAUUUUGCCAUAAGAGACAUCAUCUUCUCAAUCUGCUGCAAGCAUUUGGAGGGUUUCAUGAAACUUUUUGUCAUUGAUUUUCAAUGACAGUUAUAAGCUACUAGAAAUCUUUGCAUCUGAUUGGCCGAGAGCAAAUUAGUCGGUGAAAGUAACUGACAAAUUUCUUCAUGAAAUGCUCCCUAGAGUUGAUUACUAAUCAAUGUUUUUCUUUUCUUGAUGCAGUGAGAAACAUUUUGUCCAUCAUACUAUCACUUAAAAGAAUGUACUAAGAGAGUCCAAUAGUCUUAAAUAUAUUGUUAUAUAUUGAUGAUGAAGCCAUACUGAAUAUAUUGUAAUAGAUUCAAAAUGACUCUUCGGAGUAAGUUUUCCUUGUGAUUUCAUUACAUAUAUUAAAUAUUAGAUUCCUGUAGGUGAUGUGAUCCUAAUUUCAUCUUAUAUUUGAAGCUUGAAAUCAAGAUAAAUAAAUGAAGUGUAAGUUUCCAUUAAUUUGUAAUUAUUUAAAUGAUGGUUACAACUAAAUUGCAGUGCAGCAGUAUGAGGAUCAGCAUUUUCUUGAGAAGGCAUGACAAAUCAGAUGCAUGUUUGACUUUGUAUUAUCAAUGUUAAAAACUUGCAGUUGGUCGAUAUCCAUUCACAAACAAUAACAUGCAAAAAAUCAAAAAUAUCAUUUUUAUUGGUUUAUAUUUUGGGCCUCAAUCGAUCACACAUUGUGCAGAAACUUGUAACCAGAGUAUCCCUUCUAUUGUUGCAACAUUAUUAAACAUUAAGCUUGAUGUCUCUCAAAUCCGUCAAUAUGUGGUCAGAAAUGUUUUUGAAUAAGUAUACAGAAAUCUGAAUAAUCACAUUGACUUUGCAGUGGAUGCAAACUUGGGUAUUUAAGAUCUCAUUCCUCCAAGUUUUUUGACAUACCCGCUUCCUGGAGAAAUUUUCUCCUUUUUCUGCUUGUAAAGUUUUGGACUCCAAAUGAAUUGUGAAUAUUUUUUAAAGUAUUAAUUGAUAAGAUUUUUUUUAUGUCCUCGAUUAAAGCAAAGAUAAAAAUGAGGAUUAGUUUUUCUAAUUUUGAGACAAAAUCCUGCCUUUAAUAGUGAAGAAGAUGAAUGUCACUUAUUCAAAAUUUAAUUGGGAGCAUUAUGUACUCUUUGGAUUUUAGUUGUUAGACAUUUUUGCUUUUUGCCAAAUAUAUGGUUUUUUUUUAUCGUCUAGUUUAAGUGUGUACCACCUUGACAGUUUAUUUCUGACAUUUAAGUAAUAUGUAGCUGAUGAAUUUUAAUGCAAAUCGUUAAUUUAGAUGAAUUCUGAAUAUUAUGUUGAUGAUAAUAUGUGACACUUGUUAUUUGGUGACAACUUAUAUAAAACCUAAAAAAUAUAGAACUUACAAAAACGAUGAAUUCUGGAGACCCUGUUGCAUAAAAGUUACAAUUAUUGCUCCUUUGGUAUCAAUGGUAACUACCAAGAUAAACAGGCCCAUAGCUCAUUCAAAAUCAGAGACUCCAUGCAAGUUGCCAUAAUGGGAAUUACAAAAAAUCUACAUAGGAAUACUAUGGCAUAAAAAUUCAAUUAUUGAACAAAAAAAAGAAGAUUUUACAUCAUGGCCCUGUAAGAUAAAGAGGUAAGAUCAAUGUUUACAAUCAGACAUAACUUUUGGUGCAUGGUUUUCAUAGACUUACAGUGUCACUUAAUUACUGAUUAUGAUAUUGCUCAGCUCAACCCCAUUGUUUGUUGUACAGUAAUUGGGAAAAAUCUCUUGUCAAUUAGCCCAGACAAUUGUUGGGAUUGGUAAUCUUGCACAAAAUAGGGGAAAUCUUUCUGUAAGCAAACAUAGAUCAGAGGGGUAUUACUUAUCUUUCACUCAUAUUUGAGUAUGAAAAUUAGGGAUACAUAAUUUGAAGAAAAAGUAGACUAAAAUGCAUUGUGUUUGUUAAAGCUAAAGUUUAGUUCCAUCUUUUACCUGUUUAUGACAUCCCCCCCCCCCCCAUUUUUCAUUCACUGAUUCAUCAUUUAUUCUCAUUUUCACUGUGACUGCUGAUGGAAUUUUUUUUUUCAAAUUAAAGACACAUAUGAAGGUUAUUACUAACUUUUGGAUAAUAAAUUUUUUUUAUAGGAGUUACUAAAUUAUGUAAUGAACAUAAUGAUCAAAUAUACAGUUUUAAUAGUCUCAUAAAAAAAAACCAGUACCAUUCAGAGAAAAUUCAUCUGUGUUCUUUCAUGUAAUCCUUUUUAAGUACAUGCCCCCUAAAUAUUUGUAAAUUGUCUGAAUAUUAUUUAUUUUCAGCAUUUCAUAGAGUGAAUGACAAAAGCCAGAAAUAUAUGAAAUGAAAAUGAGAUAUUUGCAACAAUUUUGAUAGUAUACGUACCAAGAUUGUAAUUUAUGAUAUUGACUUGAAGAGGAAAUUUGUAUUACAGGUACAACAGAUCCAAGAUUUGUAUACUGUUAUUUAUAUCAAAACAAUGAUAAAAUGGAUUCUCUACACUUUGAUCAAAAUAAAUGUAUGUAUUACGAAAAUAUAAGUAAGGAAUUUUGAUUAUGAAAAUUAGUAAUAUGCCAGCUGCUAAUCUACAUAAAAGUUUUUACUGACAGCUAUUUAAAAUAUGGUGAUUGAACUAGGCAUAUUUGAUGAAAUGCAUUAGUUUUAAUGAUUUUAAGCUUACUAAAGCUUUGCUUUAUUUCUUUUUCUAACUGUUCACCCCAUUAUCUAGUGUUUUGUUCAUCUUGUUUAUUUUGCCAGGGGUAUGAUAUGUAUAUCAGAAAUGAAAAAAAAAUGAAAUGUUUUGAGUAGCAUCUGAAAGGUAGGACAUUUUCAUUCUUAUAAUUAUUUAUAUACGUAUUUGUUAGUUUUUUUGUGUGUACAGUACAUGUAUGUAAAAUAAAAGGGAUGAAAGAAAUAUGGAAAUACUGAAAAAU